AUGCAAGUUGUCGAAAUCGUAUCCUAUGCAAGUUUUGAUGUAGUCUCUCUGUACACAAACGUAGAUAAUAAUGGUGCUAUCAACGCAGUAUUGACUCUUUUGGAAGAAAAUGAAAACAAUGUCUCAACGUUUGGCUUCAACCGUGAUGACAUACGUUUCAUGUUAAAUGCGCGAGCUUUAUCCGUUCCCCUUACCUUCCUCAUAAGGUCUGAUGAUGGAAGAGACCGAAACGUCACCAAUAAAGAUACAAAGAGCUCUUAAUUGACAAUUCACUAUCCAAAGUAACAUGAAGCUCAGGGAUAGAAGUAUACUGAAGUAUUACUGACUUUUUUAAAGCUGCUCAAAACAAGAUUUCAU